GAGGGUUUAUUAUACUCUGAACUAGAUAGAAUCUAUAAGCAAAUGAUGAAGGGUGCGGAGUUGUAACCGAUGAAACGAUCCCUGUGAAUCCUAGGUAUCAUUUUGUUCAUUGUCUCUCUUUCUGGCGCGGUCAUUACCACGCAUUCUAGUCCGAGGGAAAAGUGCAGGGCUCUGCUGCAGCGCCAGACCGCACAUUCUGAUUCGCGUUUCAGCGGCCUGUGCAAGACAAACGCUUCGGUGCAAGGCCUCCGCGAUUUGUCCCUUUUUUUCUCUUCUAUGAAUAUCCCAGUUAGGGAAUUAUUUAAGAGAUGCCGCCAUACAUGACGCCAGGUAGAAGGAACUCACUGACAAGUAUCAUUUGCGACUAAGAGCCGGUCUUGGAUAACUUUUGAUGUGUGAUGAUAUAAAGGCUAUUUUUCGAACUUGUAUUCUGACUAUAGUUUAUUCUUAUCCCCUUCUUAUUUUAAUUUCGUUUGAAAUUGCUUAGAUACUGCGAUACUUGCGUUCGCUUUAUAGACUAAAGAAAUGGCAUCAUUAAAAUACUCCUUACAACAGCAGUGUAAGAGUGAUAUUUCUAAGGCUUGUCUCCGGAGGUCACUUUUUGUUGGGCUCAUCAGCACGCUUUUCAUAUUCCUUUGGCUAUUUUACGCUAACGAAUUGAACCAAAUCCCCUUUUCACCCUCGGUGCUCUCCAAAGAUGACAGACAGGAUAUCUUCGUUCGCACCACAGGGCCUCGUGUCGUCAUCUUUGUUAUAAGUGAUAAAAUUGAUGAUGCCCUUUGCUAUUCAGUGGGUUCAGCCUACCUAACUGGGUUGCCUGUGGUGGUAGCUGGCUAUAAGAUGAAAUACAAUGGGUUUCUAUCCAAGUUUAACUUCCUGGGAACUGCCAUCGAUAAUGCGGAGCUGGAUCCAGAAGAUGUCGUCAUUCUAAUGGAUUCCGACACCAUUUUUACAGGUGUAGACAUUCAUACGUUUAUCGAUCGUUUUAUCACGAAGUCCGCCGCGACACCAGAGGAACUGGACGCGCUGGCCGUGCGGCAGGACCGUGCGAUGGCGCCGUUUAUAGCUAGUGCUGAGGCUGGCUGUUGGGCCGGAAAUGUAUUUGAAUCUCAUAUGAGCUGUAAAUUUGGCUAUGAGGAUUACUAUGGUAAUGUGCGAAGGUUUAGCGCCGCACAUCCGGAGCAUAAACUUGUUUUGCCUUUUGAUAUAUCAUCGCGACGCUACCUUAACGCUGGUGUAUUGAUUUCUCGUGUCUGGGCGUACAGAGAAUUUCUACAGAAGGCGGACAUUUUAAUAAGAACAAUGACCCCACGAUAUCGUUUGCAAUUGGGAUGGUACUGUGAUCAGUCUGUCUAUGCAUGGCUCUACCUGAGUCUCUUAGAGUGGGAAGUAGAGCAGAAUGUUUUCUCGUUGCCAUUGCAUGAGCGCCAGGCGGCACGGUCCACUUACGGUGUGCGUGCAGGUUUCAUUGGUUUAGAUUAUGCCAAUGAGCUUUCAGCUCCGACCACAAUGUUUGUAAUACACCUAACAGAGAUGCAUGAUAGACACUGGGGAAAGUAUUUGCCACUGUAUGGAAUCGGGCACCCGCACUCACAAAAAAUAAUCAAUAUCGAGGUAAUAUUUCAGUUUGUAAGUGAUCUUUACAAGCGAGCAUACGCUGCACACGGUGAGGAGAUUUACACGAAGCUUGCCGUGCCCAAGUGGGUGGCGGGAAAAAGGACUUCUGCGAUGACCUCUAUUAGCCUCACGCCACCACUUUUGGCGACCAAUCUGAAUCCUAUAGAUGCAAUCAACAACGACGUGCGUCGAACGUUCCCCGUGAUUUAUCAUGCGGCAGGUGAUGAGCCAGGUCUCACGAAGGUGGCUAAAUUGGAGUAUGGCGCCGUAGGUGCGCAGUGGCUUGUGCCGAUGGUGCACAAUCCGAAGAUAGAAAAGGAGAUUAUGGAAUACCUAACAUCCAUGCCGUUGUUUCUAUCUACGAACAACUCCAUCAUUCAAGAUUCCUACCAUAACAAAUGCGGAUUCCCAUUUAAGAAAACUCUUAAAAAGGUGAAAAAUUUGUAA